CCCACGAGCCGGCAGCAGCCCUCGGGCCGGGCUGGCGGAAGCUGCGUCAGUGGCAGCGGGGGGGCGGGGCGGUGCCGGUCCCGGUGCCGGUGCCAUGGCGCUGUCGCCUUACGUGCAGGCCAUGCAGGAGCUGUUCCGCGCCAACACGCGGAGCCGCGAGUUCCCGGCGCACGGCGCCAAGGUGCACUCGGUGGCCUGGAGCUGCUGCGGCCGCCGCCUCGCCUCCGGAUCCUUCGACAAGACCGCCAGCGUCUUCCUGCUGGAGAAGGACCGGCUGGUAAAGGAGAACAACUACCGGGGCCAUGGGGACAGUGUGGAUCAGCUCUGCUGGCAUCCCAGCAACCCAGACCUCUUCGUCACAGCAUCUGGGGACAAAACCAUCCGCAUCUGGGACGUCCGCACCACCAAGUGCAUUGCCACUGUCAAUACCAAGGGGGAGAAUAUCAACAUCUGUUGGAGCCCUGAUGGACAGACCAUUGCAGUGGGGAACAAGGAUGAUGUGGUCACUUUCAUUGAUGCCAAGACACAUCGCUCCAAAGCUGAGGAACAGUUCAAGUUUGAGGUGAAUGAGAUCUCCUGGAACAAUGAUAACAACAUGUUCUUCCUCACUAAUGGAAAUGGCUGCAUCAACAUCCUCAGCUACCCAGAGCUGAAACCCAUUCAGUCCAUCAAUGCUCAUCCUUCAAACUGCAUCUGCAUCAAGUUUGAUCCCAUGGGGAAGUACUUUGCUACGGGCAGUGCUGAUGCAUUAGUCAGCCUCUGGGAUGUGGAUGAACUGGUGUGUGUGAGGUGCUUCUCAAGGCUUGAUUGGCCUGUGAGAACGCUGAGCUUUAGCCACGAUGGGAAGAUGCUGGCAUCAGCAUCAGAAGAUCACUUCAUUGACAUUGCAGAGGUGGAGACAGGAGAGAAGCUCUGGGAGGUGCAGUGUGAGUCCCCCACUUUCACAGUAGCCUGGCACCCGAAGAGGCCUCUGCUGGCCUUCGCCUGUGACGACAAAGAUGGCAAAUAUGACAGCAGCCGGGAGGCAGGCACCGUCAAGCUCUUUGGGCUUCCCAAUGACUCCUAAUGAGACACCUCUGGGGUGUGGGGGGCUCGUUCCAAAGGCAAGUGGACACAGAAAGUCACUCACUGAAGGUGACUGCUGAGGACCCUCCUGAGAGAGGACUUCCAGGCUCCCCAGCAGAGAAAAGCUACAUGACUGUUCCUUUGUCCCCCAUGGCCUGCUGGUGAGGGCAGCCUUGGGACCACAGCCUACCCCUUCCCCUCCCAGACACCCUGUGUCCCUUCCCCACACUGGGGAAGCAGUGAGGAGAGGGUGGGGGGGAUGCAAGCUAAGGAAAUUUUUUUUUUUUUUUUUGUACGUGUGGGAUUUUUUUCUAAUUUUGAUAAAUCCUCUUCCAUAAUGAAGGUACCUGUGACUGCUGCAGGGGAAAAUGCA